AAUUCCUUCAUUUCUUCACUAACCUCGCAUUUUCAUUCAUAGCGGCGGCUAACUUCUUCUGAUUCUGUAAUAAUGUCGCACUCGUUCUUCUCCUCUCUAAACCGAGCUCUUUUCUGUCUCCGCCGCCUCUCGCACUCCCUUUCUUCAUCGAGCUCCACAGCCGCCAACAGUCGCAGACUCAAUUUUCUCCAGCAGGAGGUUCAAGACCUCGAACCCUUGAAACGCGUCGCUGCUCCCUCUACGGAAAGAACAAGGAUUCCUGAGGGGGAAGAGGAGAAGGCGAGAUCGGUGGAGAUUUCCCAUCCAUGGCCGGAGUGGUUGGAACUCAUGGAUCACCUCCUUAAAAGAGGCUAUUUGGAUCGUGAGACGCUCCACUCUUCUUUUUCGCACUGCUGUUCUUCGAAGUACUCAAACCUGAUACGAACAGCCUGCCUCAAUUUCGCGAGGGAGAAUGCCGAGCUGAUAAGAUAUCUUUCCAGGAAAGACAUUAGGAUAAUUGUUGGAUCUGGAUGCCCAGGUUUAGACAGAAAAGUUGUCAAUUCAGGAAAACGACUAAGGGCUUAUGUUGGUACUAAUGAAGGAGAGGUGUGCAGCUCAUGUAAAGUAAGGGGGAACUGUGAGAGGGCAUAUGUGAAGCCCAACGAGGAUGAAGAUGGAAGAACCUUGGAUGUUAUGCGCAUCUUGUUGACAUAUGGAAUUGAUGCUGCGACUGCAUCAGUAGAAAAAAGGCCAAGCCUUAGCCAAGCUGUAAACGAAUCUACAAGAAAGUUGUUGAAUGAUAUAGUGGAUCUAAGCAUCAAGGGUUAUGGCUCCAUUCCAGAAGACAGGAGACAUCGGAUGGCUUCUUUACAUGGGAUGGAGAAAUCUCAAAGCAGCAUCCCAAUGAAGCAGGGUGACUGGAUUUGCCCCAAAUGCAAAUUUUUGAACUUUGCUAAGAACAUUAAAUGCUUGCGCUGUGAUGGAUUAUUUAAAGAAAGGCUUGCCAAACUACGCGAAGAUGGAGAGAAUCUUCCUCUUAAGAAAGGAGAUUGGAUCUGUGAAAAGUGCAAUUUCUUGAACUUUGCCAAGAAUGCCAAAUGCUUGCAGUGUAAUGAAAAGCCAACUAAUCGCCUGCUGAAUCCAGGGGAAUGGGAAUGUGCAUCGUGCAACUACAUCAAUUUUCGUAAAAACUACUAUUGUCUGAAGUGUGGCUGGAAAAGACCCAAGGUAUCAUAUACUGAAGAGGGUGCUGUCCAUUCCCAUACAAACAGUAAAGAUCAACAUAAUAAACCUUCUGAAACAACAUUUCAACAUUUCCUGCAUAAGAACAGCCACCUAAAAGAAUCUAGCUCAGACUUUCAGAGCUUUCCCAAGUAUACAUUUUGUGAAAAUAAUGACAUUGAUGAAGAACCUGACACUCAUGAACUGAAAAACACUACAGAAUUUCAUGAAUUUCCAAUUGUUGGAGGUAAUAGUGCUAUAUCUACUGAUCCCUUAACGAGAGAGAGAUGGAAGGAGGAAAUGAGGAACAAAGGGGUAGUAGAACGACCAAGUUCUGGAAAGCAUGAUCAUGAAGCAUUAUCUUCUUCCACUCUCAAAAUUAUGGCCUCAAAUGAAUCAAGUGAUGAAGAUGAUAUAGCUGGGUGGUUUAGGGAGUAAGAUGGAGCAGGACAUGUUGCCAUGAAUUAAGAAGCUUGUAUGGUAAACUUGUAUGGAUUAGUGAGAUGAGCUAUCUUCUGUAAAUUUUCUUUUGUAAGAACAGAGAAAUCAUAAUGAUAUUGUUUAAUGGCAUAUUUAUUA